UAAUGGCAACAGGUUAUAGCAAUACUGAAGGCCAGCAGCUGUUAGAUGUGGCUCCUAUUGAGUCUGACUACUACAAACUAUUGCAAGUUGAAAAGAAUGCUUCCAAGGCUGAAAUCAAAGUGGCAUAUCAUAAAAUGUCCCGUAUGUAUCAUCCUGACAAGACACAAGACUCAAAGACAGAAGAAAUGAUGAAAAGACUCAAUGAAGCAAAGUCUGUUCUAUUGGAUGAGGUUCAGAGAGCUGAAUAUGAUGAAAAACAUGAAGAUGAAACUAUCUAUGAUCCUAAAGGAUUCCUCCCAACAGGUAUACGGUUCUCAGACUUUUUUCUAAAGGAUUUUAACAAGUUCAAGGCAGAUUUUAAAGCUGGGAAAAUCCAAGUACCAAGGCAAAAGUUUGAACGACUACUCCAGCGAAAAGUGGGUGAUGCUUUACGUAAAGCAGAGAUAUACAAAAAUGAUAAAAUACGUCAAAUAGCAAAAAGCAACACACCGACCCCAUUGCUAAACAUCUUGCAAGCAAGUAAUGCUUUGUUAGAAGAAGAUCCUAAUGUCAUAGCAAAUGCAUACAAAAUACAGCAAAUGUUGCUUGGAAUUCAAUCAAACGGGGUCUAUUCAGCUCCUCCUUCAGAAGAUGGCAUAAAGGUGUUGUGCCUAGAUAGUUUAUCAGACAAAGAAAUAUUGCUAUUAUAUUCAUUACUGCUCAAUGAAGAAUGCUCUUCUACAUCAGAUAUGCGACACUGCCUAAAUGUUUUGAUACCUAAAACAACAAUGCUCAAAAGUAUAACUACAGCUGCAACAGAGACACAAGGGAAAAAAUGUGCCAAUUGUAACAAGAGUUUGCUGUUUAGCAUGCUCAUUAAAAAAAGAAGCUACAUAUCCAAUGCCUGCUACUAUUGUCGUAAGCCUUUCUGCUCUAACUGCCAGCCAAGAAGUAUAUCCUAUUCACGUCUUGGUCUCACAGAAAAGCAGCCUUUCUGCAAGGAUUGCAAUACAAUAUUAGGUAACCUUGAUGCAGAAGACUGGAUGCGUAUGUGCCUGCAAUACUUAGAACAAGGCACUAUAAACUCCACUAAGACAGCUCUAGGGUGCCUAACAAUGGCCCUACUGAGCAGUAGUGAUAAAAUAAAGCCAGUCCUUGAUGUAGCUAAGGGUUUCCUCCACAAUGGCUUGCCAGAGCUAGCAAUGCCACUAUUAGCAUCAGUUAUGAAAGAAAGUGUGGCAUUCAAAACUUUAGUCCAGAGACAAACUCUGACAGCCUCUGUUCUAACAGCACUUGCUGAAAAACCUGAUGCUCAAUGGGAAGAAAA